ACUCCUCAGCGCCCAACCAGUUCUCAGAUUUCCAAAGGCUGCUGAUCGACUGCAGAUCGGAUUGGCUAAGCUAUGUAGAGGAGCAGAGGCUCCACCAAAUCAUAGAUCUAGGAUUUUCAUCUUUCUUGGUCUCCUCCCUAGAAUCCUGGCAACAGGUAUGUGUUGUUUCUCUUAUAGGAACCCUGCCUGGGGUUGCUAUGGAGAUAGGACGCUGCAACUUGCAGAGCAACCAGGACCCAGAAUUCACCUAGCAGACCUAAGCAAAACCACUGUCUUGUUGCCUCCUUCCAUAUCUGCAUGCCCUCUUCAUUCAGAAAUUUUUUUCUCCUGACUCAUUUCAUGGAAGACUCGACCACUCUGAAGCAAGAAAAAGAAAACCAAGAACUUGUGGAAGCAGGGCAGCCGUGGGAAGAAAUGGUAACAGCUUCUUCACAAGAUCCUGAAUCUGGGCUAUCUGAGCCCCCAGAGGUAGAGCAGGGGCCAGAAGCUGGACCCCAGACCAGGAGCAGCCCUCCUGGGAUCCCCCAGUCUGGAGCCAGCAUGCCUGUGGAUGACCUGACAGGACCAGGUGCAUCAACUCCACCUUCCCCACCUCAGGAGCCUUCUACCUCUCUUUCUCCCCUGGCUCUGGCCAGACAGGACUUUAUGGCACCAUGGCAGUCAAACAAGACCACCAGUGUGAUUUCUGAAGCUGGGACACCUCCCUCUGACCAUUUGGAACAACCAUCUGAUAAAGGAGAAUCCACUUCUCAUCAGACAUGUCAAUCAGAGGGAAACACAUUUCAACUGUCUCAGCAAACCAAAUGUCACCUGUAUGGACCAAGGGAUGUGAGCUAUAACAACUCCAAAGAGAAAGAGCUGAGAUUUGCCAUUUCUCAGGAGAAAGACUCAAACAGUAACUAUGAUCUGGAUCAGCCUGAGUCUGGGGCUUCUGAAAUGGCCCCCAACAUGCUUGAGAUUGCCAUUCAGAAUGCUAAGGCUUACUUACUGAAGGCCAGCAGCAAGUCGGGAUUAAAUCUGUAUGAUCAUCUUUCUGAAAUGCUGACCAAGGUCUUAGACACGCGUCCUGAAAAUCCUGUGGACAUAAUUGAAAAUAUUAGCCAAGAUGUGAAGAUGGCACAUUUUAGUAAAAAAUUGGAUACACUCCAAAAUGAGAAUGAGAUGCUUCCAACUUAUGAAAUAGCAGAGAAACAAAAAGCUCUUUUUCUUCAGGGAAAUUUAGAAGGUGCUGACCAAGAACUGGAAGAUGAAAUAACAGAACACGCUCUCCCAAAUGUAAUGGAGUCAGCUUUUUAUUUUGAACAAGCUGGAGUUGGUUUGGGCACAGAUGAGACUUAUCGCAUAUUUCUUGCCCUCAAGCAGCUUACUGACACCCACCCAAUUCAAAAAUGUCGUUUCUGGGGCAAAAUCUUAGGUCUGGAAAUGAAUUAUAUUGUAGCUGAAGUGGAAUUUCGUGAAGGAGAAGAUGAAGAGGAAGUGGAAGAAGAAGACGUACCUGAAGAGAGAGACAAUGGAGAUAGUGAAGCUGAUGAAGCUGAUGAAGAUGAAUUACCACGGUCCUUUUACAAGGCCCCACAGGCUAUUCCAAAAGAGGAAAGUAGAACAGGUGCCAACAAAUAUGUCUAUUUUGUUUGCAAUGAACCAGGAAGACCAUGGGUGAAGUUACCAGCAGUUACACCUGCACAAAUUGUUAUUGCAAGAAAAAUCAAGAAAUUUUUCACUGGGCGAUUGGAUACUCCCAUUGUAAGCUACCCACCCUUCCCAGGAAAUGAGAGUAAUUACUUACGAGCACAAAUUGCCAGAAUUUCGGCAGGGACCCACGUCAGCCCUCUAGGAUUCUAUCAUUUUGGUGAAGAAGAAGGAGAAGAGGAGGAAGAAAUAGAAGGUGGGAGAGACAGUUUUGAAGAAAACCCUGAUUUUGAAGGCAUCCAAGUGACUGAUCUAGUGGAAUCCCUAUCCAAUUGGGUUCAUCAUGUACAACAUAUACUUCCUCAGGGUCGCUGUAAUUGGUUCAACCCUAUACAAAAAAGUGAGGAGGAAGAAGAAGAGGAAGAAGAAGAAGAUGAAGAAAAAGAAGACGAAAAAGGGGAAGAGCCUGACUAUGCGGAACAGGAAGUGGGGCCUCCUCUCUUGACACCAAUCUCUGAAGAUUUAGAGAUCCAGAAUACACCACCUUGGACAACACGGUUAUCCUCAAAUCUCAUUCCUCAAUAUGCUAUUGCAGUCCUUAGAUCCAACCUUUGGCCUGGAGCAUAUGCCUUUUCCAAUGGCAAAAAGUUUGAAAACUUCUACAUAGGCUGGGGUCAUAAAUAUAGUCCAGACAGCUAUACACCUCCAGUUCCACCACCAGCUUAUCACGAAUACCCCAGUGGACCAGAAAUUACAGAAAUGGAUGACCCUAGCGUGGAAGAGGAGCAGGCUUUCAGGGCUGCACAAGAAGCAACUGUAAAUCCAACUGAGGAAAAUGAAGAAACUGAGGAAGAUGAAGAUGAGGAAGAUGAUUAUGACUAAUAAAAAUAAAAUCAGUCCAGCUUUACGUGAGACUGAUAUACACACAUCAUUUAUAUAUAUAUAUAUAUAGAUAC